AUGGCCGACCGAUACUCCUUCUCCCUCACGACCUUCUCUCCCAGCGGAAAGCUGGUCCAGAUCGAGUAUGCCCUCAACGCCGUCAACCAGGGUAUAACUGCCCUUGGCAUCAAAGCCACGAACGGUAUCGUCCUCGCCACCGAGAAGAAGUCAUCCUCGCCCCUCGCCGACCAGAGCUCCUUGUCCAAGAUCAGCAACAUCACUCCUAACAUCGGUAUGGUGUACUCCGGCAUGGGACCCGACUACAGAAUCCUGGUGGACCGCGCGCGCAAGGUCUCGCACACCGGCUACAAGCGCAUCUACAACGAGUACCCUCCCACCCGGAUAUUGGUGCAGGAUGUCGCCCGUGUCAUGCAGGAGGCCACUCAGUCUGCCGGUGUCCGACCCUACGGCGUGAGCCUGUUGGUCGCUGGAUGGGACGAGGGCAUCGAGCCUGAGGAGGAGGAGGAUUCCGACGACAGUGAUGACAGUGAAGUGAAGAAGCCUACCAAGAAGACUGGCGGCGUCCAAAAGGGCGGCCCUAUGCUGUACCAGGUUGAUCCCUCGGGCAGCUACUAUCCCUGGAAGGCCACGGCCAUCGGCAAGAGCGCCACCAAGGCCAAGACUUUCCUGGAGAAGCGAUACUCGGAGGAGCUGGAGCUCGAGGAUGCCAUUCACAUUGCCCUCCUGACCCUGAAGGACAACAUCGAGGGCGAGAUGAAUGGUGAUACUAUUGAGAUCGGCAUCGUCGGUGCUCCUGCGGACCACCUUCUGGGUAUUGAUGGUGUUGAGGGAGCUGUUGGCCCCCGGUUCAGAAAGCUGACUCCUCAAGAGAUUGAGGAUUAUCUUACGAGUCUAUGA